AUGCAAUUGAAUGUUUUCGAAGAUUUAUUAAAAUUAGAAACACAAGUCUCCAUGGAAUAUCUGCCAACAAAUUUCAAUCACGUCGAUAAUUUUAGACGGCCCAACCUUUAUUCGCCGAUUGUUCAAGAUCAACUAGCAGUUGAAUUGAAACAAAAGCAAUUUAAAAAUAUACAAGAAGCGAAACGUGCAUGGCUCGAUAUCUACGUAAAUAUUUAUGAAGUUCAGUAUCAAGAAUAUGAUCAACAUUAUCAGAAAGAAUUCAACCAAUUUCAAGUCAUCAGUCUCAAUGAUGGACAAAAAUAUGGAGUAGAUCUUUUCAAUUCGUUCAUGACUUAUAUAAAUCAUCGAACCGAUCGAAUAAAACAGGAGAUCUAUUCAGAAAAAAUAUUAAUCUAUCGAAGGAAAUUAGUACGCCGCCGCCGUCGUCAUCAUCAUCAUCAGGAAGAUUUAAGAUCGAAAAAGAGUCCGUUCAUACGAGUUGCUGCAAAGAUUAUCAUUGAUCUUAUUCGUCAUCCAUUUACUACUACUGAAAUCAAUUAUCUUUCGAGACUAAAUCAAAGUUCACUUCGUCCGGCUCAUCAACGAGAAAAACAAAUUCAACAGUGUCUAACCAAAAUUAUAGAUCGUUUGAAGCAAUUCUUCGCCAAAAUGGAAAACUAUCCAAAAAUACCAGUUACAUCACCAUUGUAUAAAUUCUAUUCUGACCAGCUUCGUACGUAUUUCACACAUUGCAACAUGACGCCAUUAUCAUUAACGGAUCAACUACGUGCACGACGAGAACUGAAGCUAGUUAAAUCGAUUCGACGAAAAUUAAAAAAGUACAAACUUGUUCUUCGUAAAACAGACAAAAUUAGUGUUUUUCAUAUUGGCUGUGCUGUGGAUUAUAAACGAAAGGCAGCUGAUUAUCCCAUAACAACACAAGCAUAUGAAGAGUUGAAUACAAAUCCGUUCAAUCAAACCAUCUACGACGUCACUUAUCAACUGAAUCAACUGAAAAUAGACAGGAAAAUAUCCGAGUCACAACGACUACAAAUGGUACCAAAUCGAGCAACAACGGAACUAUCGUACAUGUAUAAUCUUCCCAAAUCACACAAAGCAAUGAUCAUCUUAAACUCAAAGGAACGCCACUUCGACACAUCAUAA